GCGGCAUUUCUCCGGUGGGGGGCGGAGACGCUCUCUGCCCGACUCUCCGCCCCCUUCCUGAUAGGCAAUGGGACCAGCCAACCGACGUGGCGUGCUCGGAACGCUUUCUCCAAUCAGCAUCUGUGGUGGCGAGGUGGGCGUGCGCACUGGCAGGGCAGGUGGGCUAGGCUGUGCCGGGUUGCGAAGGGGGAGAAUAACGUCGGGUCGGGUCAGCGGGCGCUGCAGUAGUCGCUGCAGCGGUGAUGGGAGCGGUGGGGACGAGGAGGCGGCGGCGGCGGCAGGAGGAGGAGCAGGGGCUGGCACAAGAGCAGCGGCUGGGGGCGGCCAGCAACGGCAGUAACAGCAGCAGCCGCCGCCGCCGCCAGUAAACGCGGACGGUACCCGAGGGGACUACCCAGCCGGCCGGCCCUCGAACCCGCGCUCGGGUCCCGUCGCAGUCGGGCGGCGGGGGAUGGGCAGGCGGCGGCGGUUCCGCCUCCUGAGGGCUGACCCCUGCUGGUCCGGGCCCUGAGCCGGACCCGAGCCCUCCGCCCGAAAUCCCUGCGUCCGCCACGGCCCAGUUUAAAUGGCAACCACCCUUGGGAGCUGGAUGCCUGUGUAGCUGUUCUACCACAUCAGUGAACUGCAAUGAGUGGGGGAGGAGAGCAGCCAGAUAUCCUCAGUGUUGGAAUCCUGGUCAAAGAAAGAUGGAAAGUGUUGAGGAAGAUUGGGGGUGGGGGCUUUGGAGAAAUUUACGAUUCCCUGGACAUGCUCACGAGGGAAAAUGUUGCACUGAAGGUGGAAUCAGCUCAACAACCCAAACAAGUCUUGAAAAUGGAGGUUGCUGUAUUGAAAAAAUUACAAGGGAAAGACCAUGUUUGUAGAUUUAUUGGCUGUGGGAGGAAUGAUCGAUUCAACUAUGUGGUCAUGCAGUUGCAGGGUCGUAAUCUGGCAGAUCUGCGCCGUAGUCAGUCCCGGGGCACAUUCACCCUUAGCACUACUCUUCGGCUGGGCAGACAGAUUCUGGAAUCUAUUGAAAGCAUCCAUUCUGUGGGAUUCUUGCACCGAGACAUCAAACCGUCAAACUUCGCCAUGGGUCGCUUUCCUAGUACAUGUAGGAAAUGCUAUAUGCUUGAUUUUGGCUUGGCUCGACAAUUUACCAAUUCCUGUGGUGACGUCAGACCACCUCGUGCCGUGGCAGGCUUUCGAGGGACGGUUCGUUAUGCAUCGGUCAAUGCUCAUCGGAACAGGGAAAUGGGAAGACAUGAUGACCUCUGGUCCUUGUUCUACAUGUUGGUGGAGUUUGUGAUUGGUCAGCUGCCUUGGAGAAAAAUAAAGGACAAGGAGCAGGUAGGCUCUAUUAAGGAGAGAUACGACCACAGGCUCAUGUUGAAACAUCUCCCUCCAGAAUUCAGCAUGUUUCUGGAUCAUAUAUCAUCUUUGGAUUAUUUUACAAAACCAGACUACCAGCUUCUUACAUCCGUGUUUGACAACAGCAUCAAGACCUUUGGGGUAAUUGAGAGUGACCCUUUUGACUGGGAGAAAACCGGAACUGACUGUUCCCUGACAACCACCACCACGUCUACAGCGCCUCAGUUACACACUCGCUUGACCCCUGCUGCAAUCGGAAUUGCCAAUGCCACUCCCAUUCCCGGAGACUUGCUUCGAGAAAAUACAGAUGAGGUGUUUCCAGAUGAGCAGCUUAGUGAUGGCGAGAAUGGCAUCCCUGUUGGUGUAUCACCAGAUAGAUUGCCUGGGUCUCCGGGACACCCUCGUCCCCAGGAGAAGGAUGUUUGGGAAGAGAUGGAUGCCAACAGGAACAAGAUAAAGCUUGGGAUUUGUAAAGCUGCUACAGAAGAGGAAAACAGCCACGGUCAAGCAAACGGUAUGCUGAAUGCUCCAAGCCUUGGCUCACCCAUUCGGGUCCGCUCAGAGAUUACUCAGCCAGACAGAGACUUUCCGUUGGUGCGAAAGUUACGUUCCAUCCACAGCUUUGAGCUGGAAAAACGACUGACGCUGGAGCCAAAGCCAGACACUGAAAAGUUUCUUGAAACCUGCCUGGAGAAGAUGCAGAAAGAUUCCAGUGCAGGAAAGGAAUCUACUCUCCCUGCUCUGCUUCAUAAGCCUUGUGUUCCUGUUGUGUCCCGUGUGGACCGCGUCUGGCAUUAUGAUGAGGAAUACCUUCCAGAUGCUUCUAAGCCUGCCUCUGCCAACACCCCUGAGCAGGCAGAUGGUGGUGGCAGCAAUGGAUUUAUAGCAGUCAACCUGAGCUCCUGCAAGCAGGAGGUCGAUUCCAAAGAAUGGGUGAUUGUGGACAAGGAGCAGGACCUUCGGGAUUUUAGGACAAAUGAGGCUUUAGGGCAUAAAACAACUGGAAGCCCUUCUGAUGAGGAACCUGAAGUGCUUCACGUCCUGGAGGAAUCGCCUCAAGAUGAAAAGCUCAGAUUAAGCCCUUGGGUAGAAAAUGAUCAUUUAAAGAAGGAAAGCUCAGGUGUGCUCUUAGCCCUUUCUGGAGAGUGCCCUGCCACUGCUGCUUCAGAACAGUGUACCGACAGGCUGGAACUCCAGGCUGGAACUGCUAGCCAGCUGAUUGCAGCCACACCCACAAGUCCAAUGGAGGCGCAAGCAGAAGGACCCCUUACGGCGAUUACAAUUCCUAGACCUUCUGUGGCAUCUACACAGUCAACUUCAGGGAGCUUUCACUGUGGUCAGCAGCUAGAGAAGAAAGAUCUUCAGCCCAUGGAGCACACUGUGGAACUUUACUCUCCAAGGGAGAACUUCCCUGGCUUGGUUGUGACAGAGGGUGAGCCUGCUAGUGGAGGAUGCAGAACAGACCUGGGGCUUCAGUUAGAUCAUAUUGGUCAUGACAUGUUACCCAAGGAAGUUCCUAUUAGAGAGUGUGACAAAUCCCAAGACCUGGGACAAAGAGACCUUCCUGACCAUAGCAGACAGAUUGUGAGAGAAUUUGAGAGCCUCCCUGGAGAAACUGGAGAGAAAAGCAUUCUUGUAGGGUCAGAUAAUGACGAUGAGAAGUUAAGUAAAGGGCAGUGUUGUAUUGAGAUCUCCCCUCUCCCAGGAGAUUUGGUAACUAUAGAAAGGGAUCACUCAGCUACUGCUAAACCUCUUGAUGUGACAAAGACACAGACUUUUAGUGUGGUGCCAAAUCAAGACAAAAAUCAUGAGAUAAUGAGGCUUUUGGCAAUUGGAACUUCAGAAAUUUCUCCAAGAGUCAUUGAUCCAUAUGUUGAAGGACAGAUGGGCCAGAUGGCAGCAAUGCAAAAAAGUAAGGUAUCUAAGGAUGAUGACAUCAAGAGUGAAGACUUGCUGGGUCAUCAAGGAGACCUCUCUACUUUUUUGCACCAAGAGGGUAAAAAAGAGAAAAUUGCUCCUAAAAAUGGAGAAGUAUUUCAUUGCGUUUCAGAGAAUGAACAUUGUCCGCCAUCCCGGAAGGAUGUGGUUAGGUCCUCCUUUGUAACUAGACACAGCCGAAUCCCUGUUUUAGCACAAGAGAUAGACUCACCUUUUGAAUCAUCUUCUCCAGUCUCUGCAAAAGAAAAGCUUCUCCAAAAGAAAGCUUAUCAACCGGACCUAGUCAAGCUUCUGGUAGAAAAAAGGCAACUCAAGUCUUUCCUGGGUGACCUCUCAAGUGCCUCUGAUAAAUUGCUAGGGGAGAAACUAGCUACUGUUCCUGCUCCCUUUUCUGAGGAGGAAGUCUUCACUCCCUUUUCGAGACUGGCAGUGGACUCUCACCUGAGCAGGUCAGCCGAAGAGAGCUUUCUGUCACCCAUCAUCUCCCAGUCCAGAAAGAGCAAAAUUCCAAGGCCGGUCUCAUGGGCCAAUACAGAUCAAGUCAAUAGCUCCACUUCAUCACAGUUCUUGCCUCGACCACCACCAGGAAAGCCACCAACUAGGCCUGGAGUGGAAGCCAGGCUACGCAGAUACAAAGUCCUAGGGAGUAGCAAUUCCGACUCAGACCUCUUCUCCCGUCUGGCCCAAAUUCUUCAAAAUGGAUCUCAGAAACCCCGGAGCACUACUCAGUGCAAGAGUCCAGGAUCCCCUCACAAUCCAAAAACACCACCCAAGAGUCCAGUUGUCCCCCGCCGAAGUCCCAGUGCCUCUCCUCGAAGCUCUUCCUUGCCUCGCACGUCUAGUUCCUCACCCUCUAGGGCGGGGCGGCCCCACCACGACCAGCGGAGUUCAUCCCCACAUCUGGGGAGAAGCAAGUCACCUCCAAGCCACUCCGGCUCUUCCUCCUCCAGGAGGUCCUGCCAACAGGAGCAUUGCAAACCCAGCAAGAAUGGCCUGAAAGGGCCUGGCAGCCUCCACCACCACUCGGCCAGCACUAAAACCCCCCCGGGGAAGAGUAAGGCAGCCAGUAAGCUCAGCAGAUAGGAGCCGGGCUGCAUCUCUUUGCAAGGUGUGAGAUCUUCCUCCUGAACCUGAUGCAUGUUGUGUCCUGUACUGUCUAUUUAAAAAAUCAGUGUUGGUCUUCACUUGCAAAAAAAGUUACAUGAUAAAUUAUUUAUAAGAAGACAUAAAUAUGUGAUAGGAAUUACCUGAGGCAGGCAGCAAGCAGAUCAGGAGUCAAUGCCUUUGUGUAAGAAGCGGCAACCCAGCAAAUCCAAGGGGGAGAAACUCAUCAAACGAGCUCCCAUUUUUUAUCUGCCUUUGAAACAGAAGAAUCGAGGGUAGGAGAUAAAAUGGAAUUUUAAGGGAUUUGACCCAAUUUUUUAAGACUCAGAGAUUAUAUAGCAAAAAUGAAACUUAUUUUAAUAUUUUCAUUCAAAACUUACAACCUUGAAGAGUCAGUAUUGCUCAGAUAUUAGAGUAUGUGUAAGAAGUCUGGUGCCAGGAGGCCACUGCACACGUAUUUUUGACUCGUGAGUUUAUCUAGUGUAUUGAGAAGUCCCACCUUUACUUUGCCUUAUUCCUACUACCCUCCAUGGGUCUCACAUUUUAAAGUUAGUGUUUCUCACCUGGUUCAAUCUCUUUCCUUUCAUUUUAACAGUACUUUUAGCAGCACAUGCUGGCAAUUUCAAAUCCAGCUACCUUUUUUAGUCCCCUGAUAAUUUUCCUGGAGCAGCAUUUCUUAACCCAGUAUAUUUUUACUUCAAAAAAUAACUGAGAAACAUAGGUAAAGAAAAGGUCUAAACAGAGGUGCUUCGUAGGCUGUAGUGCUUUCGGCAGAGAGGGACAGAUUGUGGAGAGACAGCCUUUAAGGUAAAAAGAACCCUGUGCGUCCCUGCUGCGUCUCCUCUUGUGGAGGACAGCUGGCCAGAGCAGACCUUGCUUCCUUAGGUCUUCCUGGUACAGACUCUUCCCAGUGCCCACCUCCAAGAUGACACCAGGGAAGAACAAAGUUUACAAUGUGUCUUUAUGCUUUUAGAGAGCUAGAAAGAAAGAAAAAUUAGGUAUAUUGAGGCUUAUAAUCCUCAAACUGUGUAUUUUACACGUUUAACCAAUAAGGAAUGAAUAUCUGAGGAGACAAAUUUAGGCUAAAUAUUUCUUUUGAUGUUUUAUUACCUGCUUUUCCUGGGCUUUAGUUUGAAUUCCAUGUAAUUUAAAUUUAGGAAGCUGUAACAGGGAUCUGAUUUGUUCAGAUCUCACUCUGCUGCUGCCAGGUAUCAGGCAAAAUUAAAUGACACCAGACUUUACAAUGGUCUCUUUUAUAUUCUCUAGGUGUUUUGUGUUGUCACGACCUUAUUAAGGUCAGAGAAAUUGGUCUGCUUGCUGUUGAAAUUUGCCUUCUAGCAAACAUCUGUGCUUUCUCUUUGACCUUGUUUGCUGCCAAUCCUAAUACGGUUAAAUUGGAAAAAAAGAAAAGAAAGAAAUGUAUUUCCUCACCAAGUGAACAUAUUCUAAUGCUGCAUCAAAGCUGCCCUGAAGCUGCACUGAGCUUUCCUUGUUCUCUUUAUCUGUGUUGAACUUUUUAAAAAAAAACAAACUCAAAACACUUUUGAGGCAUAUAUGGUCUCCCAUAAGAAACGUAGCAUAGUGUGGAAUCUUCAUUUCCAGUUUCAAGCACUGCAGAGGAAUGUAAUAGAUAAGACCUAUUUGCUAUUUAACUUAAGCAGCUGUAUUAUUGGAAGGCCAAUCCCUCUGUAUUAUAUUGUAUAAUAGUUGCUAUAACACUACUUGCAUGUCUUCCUGGUAAAUUAUAUAAAUAUUUAUAGAGAGAGACAUAUGCUUAUAUAAACUCAUUCUUUCUCAUUCUCCAUUUGUAAUUUCAAGAUCACAGAUGGUGAGAUUCCUUUUCUAUUGUGUGCCUCGUGUACACUUGGGCCUUGCCGACCUUGGUUUUCUGAAAAUAUGUUCUUGGCAUGUGAUGCCUCAGAUUGUUCUUGCCUUCCCUGUGUACGAUGCAAGGGUUGGCAGACCUUAACGAGCCAAGAUGUAGUAUUUAAUUUUCACUUAAAGAAGAUUUUAAUAGGGGGCAAAUUACUGGCAACACUGGUUCACAGAUACGCCAUGUUAGUCACAUAGUUUUGUCCUUACAGUUGGAGUGGAUAAACUGGGCUGAAAAUCAUGGGUCUGACAUGAUGAAGUUUUAAAAAAAAUCUCUUAAAAAUUGCCAUUCUACUUCUUUUCACCUCACUUUUUUCUUGAUGGUGGUGGGGGGUGUAACCUACAAUUAAGGAAUGAUCUUUUUUAAUUUUUCUUUUCUUGUUGUAUUAGCUAAAUUGUACUAAAAAUAGCUGGCUUUAAAUCCUGACCCCUCUAGUCAGAAAUGUGCCGAGGCGGCUGUAACUGUGGUACGCGCGUUAUUUCAGUUCUCCUUGGCGUUUAUCCGCUGGCAGUCAGAACUGACAGUGAUGGCAACGUGGCAACUAAACGUUUUCUUUCUUGGUUCCUUCCCUUUUCUGCCAGUCUCCCCACUGUGUUGCCCCCUAUUCCUAGCACUGACAAACUCACUAAAAUCCAGAGGUCAACAGUGUCCUUAUGUAAUAGUAUUUUAUUUUACGUGUAGAGGAAAGAGGUAACCAAAGAUGUUUCUGCUCUGAUGCUUUUAAAACAUACUAAUAAUAUCUUAUGUAUCAAUAAAUCUACUCAAAAAUAGUGUCCUACAUAGAGAUGUUAGGGUUUUUAAAAGCAUAGCUUGUGCUUUAGAUGUUAGAUGUCUAAAUGCAGAAGUAGCAGCCCUGAAUGAAUCACCUUUGGCACAAGGAUUUUUGUUUUUCUUUCAUUUUAAAGUAUGAUGUAGAGAAUGGGUUCUUUAAAUUAUUCUUUAUUUAUUUUUGGUGUUUUUUUUUAGUAAUGGCGUAUUUCAGUUUUCAGUAA